AACAAAACCCGAUUCAAAGCUUCCGGAGUUAUGGUCCACCCAAAUCCACCCCUCAUCAUUCGUUAAUCAAUCAACAUCCUCCUCCGCCUCCUCCUCCUCCUCCCGGCAACUCUACUCUUACCUCAUCGAAUUUCCAUUAUCCAAAACUAUCUACAUACCAAUUUUGAUCCCUGCACAAAGUUGGAGAGGGAAUAUGGAGGCCAGGUUUGGGUCAUUCAGGCACAGCUUCGCGGAGAAGAGGGAGAGGGAGAGGUUUCUCCCUCCCAAGGGUUGGCACUCCGACCUUGACGGCUUUCCGAACACCCAAGGGACGGGGGAGAAUUCCUGGUCCCGUUCGGGUCGGUGGGUCCGUGCCAAAUUCGCCGGGUCGUGGGGGAAGUUGCGGGGGGUUUGUGUCACGGCUUGGGAGAUGGGUCGAUCCGACCCAAGAAAGAUCGUGUUCUCGGCCAAGAUGGGUCUUGCUCUGAUGCUCAUAUCUCUCUUGAUUUUCCUCAAGGAACCUGUCAAGGAUCUCGGCACCCACUAUGUUUGGGCUAUUCUUACUGUCGUCGUUGUGUUUGAAUUCAGCAUUGGUGCAACGCUUAGCAAAGGAUUUAAUCGUGGACUGGGGACAUUAUCGGCUGGAGGGCUUGCUCUCAGCAUGGCAGAGCUUUCUCAAUUGGCAGGAGAGUGGGAAGAAGCAGUUAUUGUUGCCAGCAUAUUUAUCACUGGUCUGAUUGUGCAGUCAGUAUUCUUUUUUUCAGAUUUUUGUAUUUUGAGUAGUCUAUUUCAUUUGAAUUCUUUUCUCACUUCCAUUUUAUGUGGUUUUCUAGGGUUCAUUAUCACUUAUGCCAAACUUUACCCCACUAUGAAGCCGUACGAAUAUGGAUUCCGAGUAUUCUUGAUAACAUAUUGUUUCAUAAUGGUAUCUGGGUAUAGAACGAGAGAAUUCAUACACACAGCCGUAACCCGAUUCUUGCUCAUUGUUCUGGGUGCUGCUGUCUGUUUAGUAGUUAAUAUAUGCAUUUACCCUAUCUGGGCUGGCGAGGAUCUGCACAGUUUGGUGGCACAAAAUUUCAUGGGCAUUGCGAAUUCCUUGGAAGGUUGUGUUGAUGGGUAUUUAAAAUGUGUUGAAUAUGUAAAAGUUCCUUCGAAAAUUCUCACUUACCAAGCUUCUGAUGACCCACUGUAUAGUGGUUACAGAGAAGCUGUGCAAUCUACUAGCCAAGAGGAUGCUCUGGUAGGAUUUGCUAUUUGGGAGCCACCUCAUGGUCCUUACAAAAUGCUUAAAUAUCCAUGGAGAAACUAUGUAAAAGUGAGUGGUGCACUGAGACAUUGUGCGUUCACGGUCAUGGCAUUGCAUGGUUGUAUACUCUCAGAAAUACAGGCUCCACCUGAAAAAAGACGGGUCUUCCGAAGUGAACUUGAACGAGUUGGCAAUGCAGGGGCUAUUGUGUUACGCGAGCUUGGGAACAAACUAGAAAACAUGGAGAAAUUAGGUACAGUAGACAUACUGUGCGAAGUACACGAAGCGGUAGAGGAGUUGCAAAAAAAGGUUGAUCAGAAGUCAUACCUCCUUGUUCAUGCGGAGAGCUGGGAAAUCGGAAGCCAGUCAAAGGAGUUCCAACACCCCCAAGAUUUUCCAAUCUUGGAUGUGUACAAUGAUGAAAACAAGUUGAAUAAAUGGAAGUCGUGCAAUGCAGCCGUGGUUGAUCAGGGAUCGCUUCCCAUGUCAAGGAGUUGGGAUGCUUGGAAUGUUAACAUGGGCAUCAACUUCAUCCCACCUGAUGCAGUGCCAGAAGGAGAGUCAAAGACGUAUGAAAACGCCAGUUCGUUGGCUUUGGUGACAUUUACUUCCUUACUUAUUGAGUUUGUGGCAAGGCUUCAAAAUCUUGUUGAUGCGUUUGAGGAACUAAGUGAGAAAGCGAAUUUUAAAGAUCCGGUUGAGCAACCACCAACAGCUGAGGCAUUAGGGUUUUGGACUAAGCUAAUUGGGCGUUUGAGGUUUGGGACGAAAGAGGGGCAGUUGCUUGGAUAGGAGUAAAUCUAUUUCAUGCACAUAUGAGUUAGAGGAAAUCAGAAAACCUAGGAAAGGUAUUAACUUGGGGGCACAAAGUUGUGGCAAUUCUACUUAUGUCUCAGAAUUUCGUUUCGAUGAUGAUUGUACUUUAUUGUCUGCCUGUAAUACGCUAAUUCGGCUGAAUAACUGGAAAAAAAAAAAUAUGAUUUGUGUGACGAA